CGUCGACUACUUGAUGUGGCGUUUCGUCCUGCGCUUCCUGCCCUACAUCAGCAACUACUUCCAGCAGCUGUGGCACCAGUUCAGGAAUGAGGUGCCGGACCCGUUCGAGGAGCGUACGUACGUCAGUCGCUGGAAGGAGUGCGCCGCGCUCGUGAACGAAGGCUUCGGCGCAGCGCUCGCGCGCACCUACGCUAAAGCGCACUACGCGCCAGAGGUCCCGCCACAGGUGGAUAAAAUCGUGGAAGAGGUUCGGGCAGCCUUCCACCGCGUCAUCCAGAGACAGAAUUGGCUGGAGAAAGACAUGAAGUCCGUGUGCAGCGACAAGCUCUACCUGAUGGGCAAGAAAAUUGGCUACCCUGAAUACAUUGAGUCAGAUGAGCUGCUCAACGCUGAGUUCGAUGGGUUGGAGAUAUUGGAGGACCAUUUCCUGAACAACAUUUUGCGCAUGAAGGAGUACGAGGUCUGGAAGGAGCUAAACAAAUUGUCCCGGCCUGUCGACAAAAACAAGGACUGGAUGAUCCAACCUCUGAUCGUUAAUGCCUUCCACAACCCCACAGCCAACGAGAUCAUCCUUCCGAUGGGAAUAUUGAGAGAACCAUUCUACAACCCCGAUUAUCCAAUGUACCUGAACUACGGAAGCCUCGGCGUGGUGAUUGGCCAUGAGCUGGUGCAUGGAUUCGACAAUCAUGGCAAGCGGUAUGAUGCUCACGGCAACGUAAGCCAAUGGUGGAGUGACGCGAUGGCUGAGCACUUCACUGAGCGGGCGGCGUGUUUCGUGGAUCAGUACAGCCAGUACCCCAUCGAAAUGGUCAACAAAAAUGUUGACGGCAACGAGACGCUAGGCGACAACAUCUGCGACAACGCCGGCCUGCUGAACGCCUGGCUGGCUUAUCGGCGCUGGGCAGACCUUAACCCGACCGAGCCUCUACUGCCAGGCCUCAACUAUACUAUACCUCAAAUAUUCCUCAUCACAUUCGGCCAGAUCUGGUGUGAGGUGGUAAGCAAGGAAGGCUACGAGAAAUACAGCACCGACAUGCACAGCCCAGGCGUCUACCGCACAAACGUCGUCGCGCAGAAUUCAGCGUUCUUCUCAGAAACUUGGGGUUGUCCAGUGGGUUCUCCCAUGAACCCAGAAAAGAAAUGCUACCUCUGGGAGUAGCUUAAUGGGUUCUCCCAUGAAUCCAUGCUAAAAAUGUCACAUCUUGGAGUAGGCUUUACAAUCUUGGAGUAGGCUUUAAAGCCCAGAGGGCUUUACAAUGAACCCGGAACCCGGGUUUGAACCCGGAACCCGGCCUUCUUUGGGAUUAUCCCAGUGGGCUUCGAUAUGAACCCAGAAAAGAAAGGUUAACUCUGUAAAUAGUCAAGUGUGUUCUCCCAUAAACCUAUAACAUAAAUUAUUUCUUGAGGAGUGAAAACUCUAUAAGUUGCCACCGGACAGAGCCUUAGAGUUUGUACCACCCAACGGAGGCAUUCGAUGUAAUCACUAAAGUCGAGUCCUCGUCAAAAAUAUCACGCUUGCUGUCGGUCCUGUAGCAUAAAAAAAUCAGUCCGUGCGUCCACGAAAGACUGUACAUUUGUA